AUGUAUUCUCAAAUGAAGUUUGCACUGCUUUUGAAUGACGCUCAGCAGAGAAGCACCACCAAACAGUUUGGUAGGAUAGACCGGAUCCCAUAUGUGCACGAUGCUGCUCGUCUGAUCUACAGCAAGCGACCUAGUCCGAACCGAACAUUCAUAGAGAGGAAAGUUGAGAAAACACGGUUGUUCAAUUCAGAUAUCAAGUCACCUGCUGCUGGAAACAAGAGUCAGAAGACGUAUGACAAUAGACAAGAAAGCAGUGCUCCAAGCGACUCCUACAUCAAGCGUGAUAAGUUGGGGCCAACAACUGAGAAAUUCUGUGAACCUGUUAACGAAUGCUCGUUGACCAUCACAGACGUGUUUCGAAGCAGAUACCGAAACGAAUAG